AUGACGUUUGCUACGUCGCACUCGCCUUCAGAAUGUGCGGCGUCUGUGCACUUGAUACGUCCAAACGAGCAUCUAGCAACCCUUAUUCCACGUUCGCUCUGGAAACCCAACUCACUCUCUAAUUCCUGUGACGCUUUUUCUUGCGAAUCAAUCUUUUUGUCUUUCGCAAACUUCACCUUUUCGUUCCCGGUGGACUUCUCUAUGUUCAAACGCAGGCACCACUGUCGUAAAUGUGGUGGUGUCUUUUGCCACAAAUGUACCUCGCGCACUACACCUUUACUCGAUACGCGUAACUUGCCUUUCCUCAGCCCCCCGAGGAAUACCAGCAUAUACGACUUUGGGUCUGAGGGCGGAAUUGUUGACUCCCUCGCACGAGUUUGCGAUCAUUGCUGGGACCAACUACAUGACAUUACGAAAAAGACUGAAACACCAGAACCAGAGUUGAAGCCCAGUGUGCUGUCUACGACACCUUGUCGUUCCUUUGUCAUGUCAUUUGCCACUUUGGAGAAUUAUACACAGUCUCCGACCCGCGUUGAUACAAAUUAUAUUCCCCUUGGUAAAUUAUCUGCGUACCCUUUGUGUCGCUCAUCUGCACUCUGCAAAGCAUCUGGAGGAGGCAGAUGGGUCCCAAAACCCGAUGAGGCCAGAGAAGAAACUCCCAACCGAGCUCCUACUCUUGGCAUUGGUAAAGCCCUAUGGGAAGUCGAGUGGGAGAGAAAGGUACGGAAGGUAAAGAGGGUACUUGAAAACCCUGUUGUGAGAGACGGUGAGUUUUGUUACAGGGUUUAUCGUGGUGCGAGUUUGGAUGAUUAUCGAGAUGAGGACGUAUAUGAUGAGUAUGAUUCAGCAAAGUUGGUUUCGUUGUCAACCUUCUGA